AUGCCCGAGGGGCUCUGGGAGCCCGCUGUGUGGGGCUCGGGGACGACUUUCCUCGGCGACCGUAUGGGAGCCCGACUAUUCGGGGCCCACUACGUUUCCGAGGGAUUUGUCCAUCUGUACGGAGGGGAAGAGGUGCCUCCUCCAUCUGGUUUCAGACCCUCGGUCUGGCUCGCCAGGCGAGGGAGCGCAGCGUUUCUGUGUGCCGGCUGUUUGUCUUUGUUUUGUCUUGUGCUUAUCUGUAUUAUUGUAUACUCAUCUCCCCUCGCCAUGGGACAGGAAUUAACUACCCCUCUUAGUCUAACUCUAGAUCAUUGGCGCGAGGUAAAGACUAGAGCCUCCAACCAGUCGGUGGAAGUCAAGAAGAACAAAUGGAUUGCUUUCUGUUCAUCUGAGUGGCCCACCUUUGACGUCGGGUGGCCACGAGAUGGCACUUUUGACCCAAAUAUUAUCUCUCAGGUUAAAAUGCAGGUUUUCAGAUCGGGACCCUACGGACACCCAGACCAGAUCCCGUACAUCGUUACCUGGGAAAGCCUCUCCUACAACCCCCCUCCUUGGGUUGCCCCUUUCCUGCCCCCUAGACCCUCCUCUCGGGCGCCCUCGGCGCCUCAGCCAACAGAUCCCUCCCCCUCUGUGUCUCUCUGUCCUGUUCUCCUCAAAUCUAAGUCUGUAAUUCCCCCCGAUGAGUCAGCUCUGACUAAUCUCCUUGAAGACAGCCCUCCACCUUACCCACCUCCGGCCCCGAUUCCAGAAAUUCAACCUCAAGCAGUCGGGGGAGUAUCGGACGUAGACCAGGGCACUGGGGCGCCCUCCCCGAUCGCAGGAAGACUGAGAGAUGGGCCAGGCAACCAACUCCAGUACUGGCCCUUUUCUGCCUCUGACCUUUAUAAUUGGAAGCAACAUAACCCGCCCUUCUCCCAAGACCCUGUGGCCCUAACUAACCUCCUAGAGUCUAUUCUUCUAACCCACCAGCCCACCUGGGAUGAUUGCCAGCAGCUUCUCCAAGUUCUCCUCAUGACAGAAGAAAAACAGAGGGUUAUUCUGGAAGCCCGCAAGCAGGUUCCUGGGGCGGAUGGGAGACCUACCCAGCUGCCCAACGAGAUAGAAGCUGCCUUUCCCUUGACCAGACCAGAUUGGGACUUCAACACACCUGAAGGUAGGGGACACCUACGCCUUUAUCGCCAGUUGCUCACAGCGGGCCUCCGAGCAGCGGGGCGACGCCCCACCAAUUUGGCCAAGGUAAGAUCAGUAGUACAAGGGCAAGAUGAGGUGCCGACGGUAUUCUUAGAGAGACUAAAGGAAGCAUAUCGGAGGUUUACUCCCUUCGAUCCAGAUAGCCCUGAGCAGGAAGUGAGUGUCUCUAUGUCUUUCAUUUGGCAGUCAGCCCCUGACAUUAAGGUGAAACUCCAAAGAAUGGAGAAUCUGCAGGGACAGAGGUUACAAGAUCUACUCAGGGAAGCGGAGAGAAUUUAUAAUAAAAGAGAAACUCAAGAAGAAAGAGAGGAAAGGCAAAGGAGAGAGGCAGAAGAUAGGGAGAAUGCAAGAGACAGGAGGCGAAACAAGGAAUUAAGCAGGAUACUGGCCACUGUAGUGAGAGACAAAGAAGAGUCCAGAGGAGAUAGGAAGGGAGGCAGAGGCAGGGCCCCAUUAGACAGUGACCAAUGUGCCUACUGCAAAGAGAAAGGCCACUGGGCAAGAGAUUGCCCUAAAAAGAAAUCAAGAACAAGAGAGUCCACUCUCCUAACCCUCGACUAGGGGGGUCGGGGCCAGGACCCCCCACCUGAGCCCAGGGUAACUCUUCGAGUGGGGGGCAAGCCAGUUACCUUCAUGGUAGAUACCGGUGCCCAGCACUCGGUUCUCACCCACACCACCGGACCCUUCAGCAAAAAGACGUCAUGGGUUGAAGGAGCAACUGGAGCCAAUCGAUACCGAUGGACUACCAACCGAGAAGUGCAACUGGCCACAGGUACAGUGACCCACGCUUUCCUACACGUGCCGGAUUGCCCUUACCCACUCCUGGGAAGGGACCUCCUGACCAAGCUAGGGGCCCACAUUCAUUUCAAAAAUAAGGGGGCAGUUGUGACCACGUCUAGGGGAGCCCCUCUCCAGGUGCUCACUCUUCGGCUGGAGGAUGAAUAUAGACUGUUCGAAGAGAAAAAUAAACCCUCUCCCGAUAUAGAAGGUUGGUUGUCCAAAUUUCCCGGGGCAUGGGAGGAAACGGCGGGGAUGGGACUGGCGAUGAAUCAGCCUCCCCUCGUCAUUGGACUAAAAACUACAGCCAGCCCAGUGGUGAUCAAACAAUACCCACUGUCAGCUAAAGCCUAUCAAGGUAUUAAGCCCCACCUCAAAAGAGUCCUAGAACAAGGAAUUCUCACCAAGUGCCAGUCCCCCUGGAACACCCCCCUGCUCCCAGUUAAGAAACCUGGUACGGGAGAUUACAGGCCGGUGCAAGACCUCCAGGAAGUAAACAAGCGGGUAGAGGACAUCCACCCGACUGUCCCAAACCCAUAUAACUUGCUGAGCACCCUCCCUCCUACUCAUGUUUGGUAUACAGUCCUGGAUUUAAAAGAUGCUUUCUUUUGCCUGCGGUUAAGCCCUGCCAGUCAACCCCUUUUCGCCUUCGAAUGGAAGGACCCUGAGAUAGGUAUUUCAGGACAACUGACCUGGACCCGGUUACCACAAGGCUUUAAAAACAGCCCAACCCUGUUUGACGAGGCCCUCCACCACGAUUUGACCACCUUCAGGGCCCAGCACACCAACUUGGUCCUACUACAGUACGUAGAUGACAUCCUGCUCGCCGCUCUUACAAGAGAGGAGUGUCUAACAGGUACGGAGCACCUCCUCCAGGAAUUGGGAAAACUCGGGUACAGAGCCUCAGCAAAGAAAGCCCAGGUCUGCCAACAGGAAGUGACUUAUCUGGGGUAUAGGCUCAGAGAGGGGCAACGAUGGCUAACCCAGGCCCAUAAGGAGGCCAUCUCCAGUAUCCCAGUCCCUCGGGACCAUAGGCAAGUAAGGGAGUUUCUGGGAACAGCCGGAUUCUGCAGACUAUGGAUUCCCAAUUUCGCUGAGAAAGCAGCCCCACUAUAUCCCCUGACCAAAUCAGACAGCAAUUUCACAUGGGGAGAGCAGCAGCAGUUGGCGUUUGAAAGUAUCAAGCUAGCCCUCCUCGAGUCUCCGGCCCUAGGAUUGCCAGAUUUGACUAAACCAUUUGAACUCUUCCUUGAUGAAAAGCAAGGAUAUGCUAAAGGGGUCCUUACACAAAAACUAGGGCCCUGGAGGCGUCCAGUGGCAUACCUUUCUAAAAAGCUAGACCCAGUGGCGGCUGGCACAACCCUCAAUCUCGCCACCCUACUGCCCCAUCCAGAUCUGGACAUGCCCUUGCAUGAUUGCACGGGGAUCCUGAGCCAAGUGCACGGGCUCAGAAAAGACCUGACCGACCAGUCGUUUCCUGAUGCAGAAGCAACUUGGUUCACUGAUGGCAGCAGUUUUGUGCAAAACAGACAGAGGUACGCAGGGGCAGCAGUAGUAACAGAGAUCAAAACUGUCUGGGUGGCAGCUUUACCCGCGGGGACUUCAGCCCAGAAAUCUGAGCUGAUAGCCUUGACCGAGGCUCUUAAAUUAGGCAAGGACAUAAAAUAG